CCAUUUAAAUUAUAUGAAAAAGUAACUUGUUGAAACAGUUGACGUAAGGCUCCGAGUUACUCACAGGUGAGUGGAGUCACCAGGUAUCAUGUGGAAGGCAUUAUGUGUCUUCAUGUAUUGUGGAUACAUUGUAAAAGUAUUUUUCCUUUUCUCUUAGGAUGGAAGGGAGACCAAUUUGAGGAAAAAGCCGCUCUGUGCUAGAUUUCUGGGUUGUCUGCUAGAAUGUUCCUUGUGAAUGCCUCUCCUCUGGUAGCUCUGCAGACCAAUUGGGAGCCCUUUGCGCAGUCGAGGAGUUGUGGAUUCCCUGUUUGCUUCUCUGAAUCGGAAGAGGAUGUCACUAGAGCCUCUGUAAAUGCAAAAGUUCAGAUGAUCAUAAACAAUCUGCAUAGUCAGGAGUCUUCCCUGGGCAUGAACAAUGAAUAUGAUUGUAUUAUGCAGAAAAACCAAAAGGGAGAAAAGGGAAGUACAAAGAGACUUAUGUCUAACACCUGCUUGCUACAAGAGCACAUUAAAUAUUCCAAACAGGAUUGUCCUGAUGAUUCUGAUGGCACAGAAAUGGAAGAGAGUUCUGAGUUUGGAGCCCUGGUGUUAGAUUCAGACAGCGAUGAUUCUGUUGACCGCGACAUAGAGGAAGCCAUUCAAGAGUACUUAAAAACAAAAAGCAAGGGUAACCAGCUGUUGCCAAGGAAUGCACAGUGUUUGGAAAAUACAGAUGGAGACAAAAGGGUCAGAAAGGAACUCUCGCAGAGCAAGGUAGCUAAUAAUCUCCCCAUGAAAUUUGAGGCUGAAAUGGUAGCUGAAGAGUUGGUUUCUGACCACAUGGAAAUUAGCAAAAAGACACGGUCUGCUUCCCCUCUGAGCAUCAGUAGUGAUGACUCUUUCGAGCAGAGCAUACAGGCUGAAAUUGUGCAGUUCCUGAAUGAGAAGAAACAGCAAGAAACUAAUAAGUGUGUCAUUAUGGAAGAUAGAAAACUAGAAUGGAGAGAGACCCAUGUGAAAUCUGUGUUAAAAUAUAAUAAAGAAACAACCAACAAAGCAAACUGCCCGAACAUAAAGCAAGGCUGUAAAGCACUCCUCUUAAGGCACCAUCGCAAACUACGGAAGGCUAGCUCACAAUAUAAAUGUUUGAAGUCUAGAACCAGCGAGGAGCCUAUUGAUUUCAGCCAAGUGAAUCAAGCACAUCUUAAAAUGACUGCAGUUAGUGAGCCUUGGAGUAUGGAGCAAAAUAAAGGAAGUGAGGCCAAGAGGAAUUUCUGGAGGGAAGAACAAAUAAUUGAAAGUGCACACAUAUCUGACUCAAGUAGCGAUGACGGGAUUGAAGAAGCCAUUCAGCUCUAUCAGCUGGAAAAAAUUAGGAAACAGGGAAGCCGACCAACUGACCAUGUCCCUUCGGGAGGAGAGCAGUUUGAUGCAAAGGGGGCAGCAGACAUUUCUGCAAGGCUUACAAUUAGCUCAGCCAAAAGCAUCUCACCAGAUAUCCAUAAGAAAACUUUAAGCAACAAGAGGAAAGAGAUGGGUACAAAAUCAAUGGAACUGAAAAGCACUGGCAGUGACUUGAACCAGAUCUUUAAGCCGGUGAAAAAAGCCAGAGGCUGUGCCUCUCCAGUAAACAAAAUUGCUGACUGCGAGCUCACAUUGCAGGCCUCUUGUAGGGCAGACACGUCUGCAGAACUGAUGUGCGCAGAAGCCAUCCUUGACAUUUCCAAAACAAUCCUGCCACCUCCAGUGGGAAGUGACGACAGACCCCUUGCAGCAAGCCCUUUCUUCUCUUCCCAGAGUAGUGUGCCUCCUGCCCCCUCUGAGAGUGACAGCAGCCCCAUAGAUAGUGAUGAUAGCAUAGAGCAAGAAAUCAGGGCUUUCCUGGCUGUCAAGGGACAGUCAGAAAGUCUCGUACCCAAGCCCAGUAAUCUCUCCCAUGCUAUCUGCCUGCCUUCCUCUUCUGAGCAUCAUAACCUCACUGCUGGCUUUGAGCCUUCCCUCCCUAAAACAUUUAAGCUAUCACUGAGUCGGAAAAGGAGGCUUCGAGGAGAAAGCAAGGUAGCAAAACAGACUACACCAAAAAAACCAAAAGAGGUGGAAACUGGGUGUUCCCAACUAGGUAAUAAUAACAACUCACAGAUGCCAGUGUUUCAAAAUGAGUGUGGACUGAGCAGUCACAGAGAAGCCUGUGAAGUCGGAAGGUGUGGUAACAAAGAGAUAAAAGGGCAGCUCAUCUCUUGGGAGUUAACUGGGCAUGAUGAUGAGCAUGUGGCUUUAGACUCUGCAACCACUUUGGUGCAAGUUCACCAGAAUGCAAAAGAACUAUUAAAAAGUGCCAUCCAAAGUCAAGAGAGAGAUGAUUCAUCUGACAAAAGCAGUUCUCUGGACAGUGAUGAAGAUCUUGAUAGUGCUAUCAAGGACCUCUUGAAGUCCAAGAGGAAACUAAAGAAAAAGUCCAAAGACCAAAAAAUUCAGUGCAGGAAGAAAGUCCGAUUCAGUGACAUGGAAAUACAGGUGUUGGAUGAGCUUGGCAGCGUUCAGCCAAGUGAGUGGGAGUCUAAAAGUCCCCCACUGCUGAAAUGCAGCCUCUCAAAAUCUAGACGAGAGACUAAGGAGAAUGAAAUGAGAAACCUCCAAAGCAGUAUAAAUGGCAGACUUCCAAAGGGAAGACCAGAAAACAUAAAGAGCCUACAGUGUGAACUACAAGCUGACAGAGAAGGUAAACCUAAACCAGUUUGUAACCAGAAUAAUCUACAGGCUGCUAAAACUACAAGAUGCCCUUUGAGCGCUCCGUCAGUGGCAGAUGACAGCAGCUCAGUGGACAGCGACGACAGCAUUGAACAAGAAAUUAGGAAAUUUUUGGCAGAAAAGGCCAAAGAUCCUGUAAGCAAUAUGGGAAUGCAGAAGGAUAAAGGGACCACUGACCUGCUGAGAGUGGCUAAGCCAAGCACUAACAAAGGAAAAGCAAGGCUCCAACUACUUGAAACUGAGACUGGCCUGAUAUCAGCUCAGGGCAGAAAAACUAAGAAGGCACUUCAACAGAGUGGUGGCUUGAGAAGCUCUCGGGGAGCAGAAGGAAAAAGUGCAAUAAUGCAUGAUGGUGGGAAAAGUGUGUCCUUUGCAGAAAACAUGUGCUUCCAUACUACUGUUGAGUUGAAAGCUAAGCAAGGAAGGGCAGGGACUCAAGGUGAUGUCAGGGGUGGUUCAUCUGCAAAACAAAAUGCAGCAGGUAAGAAGGACCUCUCUAGCUCAAAGCCCAUGCAGAAAAGCUUUCCAGCCAAAAACAGCAGAGGUGACCCCAGUAAAUUACAUAACUGCUUGAAAGCGAAGCCUAAUUCCAAAAGAAAAAGCACUUUUCAACUAAAAAUUUCCAGCAAAUUUAUAGCUAGUCUGAAAUAUGCCCGUGAAAGGAAGAGAUCCGAGCUUUUGAAAAGAAGGCAAAAUGCAGAAAGUUCACUUCCUCUGAGCAGCCCUUCAGAAACGGAGGUAGCUCCCCCCAGUGGUUGUGAACUUAGGCCGGACAGCGAAGCUGUGUUGCAGAAGGAAAACUGUGAUAGAGAGGAGAAGACAGGGUCAAAAUACGCAACUUUUCCUCAAAAGCUCACAAUAGAGGAGAUCAAUCUCCCUGUAGCAGAAAUAUGUGAAAAACCAGAGGCUUCUCCUUUGCAAGUUAGAGCUGAAGCAGAUAAUUAUAGAAAGGAUAAGACUUUGAGGGAUGAGGAGAUGAAUCUCAUUCCAGAUCCAGGUCCUCCCCCAUUGCAAGGGCCCAGCACGGCAGCAGUAAAAGAUGACAGUGUUAGCACAGAUAUAUGUAGCAGUGAGAGCCAAACCAUGCACAUUAAGGAAGAGGAAAGAGAGAGCCUGCCACGCAAUAACAGUCAGGAAGAAUCUGAUUCAAGUUCAGAAGGGAAAAUGUUAGUCCAGCAAAAUGGGGAAUGUGAAUGCAAAGAGAACCAAGAUGAGGAAGCAUUAAACAGAGGUGAUGCAGAAUUUAGUGACGUAGCAAUAGAGGAAUGCCCACGUUCCUUGGUGAAAACCAAGCUAUCAACUUUCAUGUUAAAAACUUCCAUUGAUCCUGGAUUGACAAUGCAGCCAUACAUAAUCUUAUCUCCAAGAGAUCUAUGUAAAAAUCUGACUUUAAAAACACAGAAAGGAAAGAGAAAAUUCCAGGAAAAGAUGUGGAAAUGGUGAGUGAAGAGAAGGUGGUACCCUGAAAGCCUGAAAGAAAAGCAGGGAAUGAAACAGCAGAGGGUUGCUUUUCAUAAUUGUACUGAUUUCUCUUUGGAAGCCACACCAUAGCUAGGUAUUGAAAACCCAUGAUUGGGACCAGUUUCUGCCCUUUCCUGUUAGUUAAAUGCUACUGACAGGUUAGUAAUGGAGGUAGACUAUAGCUCAGUAUUUGUGUAAACAAGAUAACCAAAUGUCAUAGUAUAUACGGUAGACCUGAUCCCAAGCUCACUGGAGUCAAUGAAAAUCUGUAACUGCAGUGGGUUUUAGAUCAUGCACCAUGACAUUGGUUUAUUCUCUGUUAAUGCUCUUAUUAGAGUUACCCAGUUUAGGACUUGAGGAUUUUCCUUACUGAUUUUGUUAAUGGCUAACAGAAAAACCUUCCCUUGCUUGUGCUUUUUAAAAACCCCUUUGUCACAUUUCAUUGUUUCACUUUUAUAAGACAAUACCAAAUCAAUCCUAGUUGAAGGGGAAAUAUUUAAGAAACCAUAAAAAAAUAUGAGUGGUCCUAGUUUCUGAACACAUCUUCCCCACUAAGCUAAGUUCUCUUUCCAGCUAUCAUCUGGCAUGUCAGCAUAAGUCUUCAAUGUUACUGCCUUAUUCCAGUGCACUUGACACCUACCUGAAACUAGUUGCUCAUCCACAAGCAGGCAGAGUUCUUCAGUUCUGUUUUCUAGGUCAAAAUGUAUUGUGCUGUUUAUUUGAGUUCAGUGCUGUUUGUAUACGUGAUGCAGUUUCAUGGGUUUUAUUACUCGUUCCAAUAAAGCCUUUAAAAUGUUUC